AUGGAUCUCCUCAACACGAUUCGCAAAACCGGCUCCCGCGGCGGCGCCAACUUCUCCUGGGAAGAAGUCGCCAAUUCCUCCCACCGCGAAAACUACCUCGGCCACAGUCUCAAAGCGCCCGUAGGAAGGUGGCAAAAGGGCAAGGAUCUAAACUGGUACGCAAGGUCCGACGCCACGCCCGCAGAUUCAGCAGAAACAGACGAAGAGCGACAAGCAAGAGAACGCAAAGAAGAACUGCGGAGGAUAAAAGAGGCUGAGGAGGACGCGAUUGCGCGAACACUGGGACUGCCCAUCCCGCAGAGGAAUUCGAGCGGUGCGAAUGCGGUCGAGGUUGGGAAUCAGCGACAAAUUGGGCCAGCGAGUGGGCCGUCACCUGAUGGUGCGGAAGAUGGGAAGGUCGAACGGGAACGGUCACGGAGGCAUCAUGAGGAGAGAAGGGAGAGACGGAGACACCGAAGUAGAAGUCGGGAAAGGGAUACGCAUCGCGACAGUGACCGACGAAGGAGACGAAAUAGCGUGAACCGGGAGCCCAGAAGAUACCGAAGCCGUGAGAGACAUGGGCGGUCGGAGCGGAGUCGUGAGAGGCAUAGAAGUGAUCGAGGCGAAAGGGAGAGGGAGCAACGGCCAGAACGAAAUCGAAGCCGAGAUAGGGACGCGCGGGACAAACGACGCGAGCAUAGAGACGGAGAUGGGUGGGAUACGAGGGAGGGGGUUGGCAAACGCAGGGAACAUUACAGACGCAGCCAGAGUCCGAGACCAAGGAGACGAGACGACUGA